GCUGCGUGAGGACAUGUAUUGUUGGAUAACCGGUGUGGAUGUAAACGUACCGUGACUAAAGAUCUCCACCAUGUUGGCUUGUAAACGCAGUUUAACCAGCACUAUGACCUCUGCUCUCCGGGUCCUUCGCAGUAAUCCAUCUUUGCCUCCUCAGGUCGCUGUUUGCAGCCAGGUGCAGAGACGUCUGUCCACUCAAACAGACGGAGAGGUCCGCAUCGCACAGAUCCUGAAGGAGAAGUUUCCGUCAGCCUCGUCGCUUAAAGUUGUGGAUAUAUCAGGUGGCUGUGGGGCCAUGUAUGAGAUCCACAUAGAGUCCAGUGAGUUCAAAGGAAAAAGGACGGUGCAACAACACCAGUUAGUCAAUCAGGCUCUCAAGGAUGAGAUUCAAGGAAUGCACGGACUGCGAAUAUUCACUGAGAUUCCCAAACAUUAGAGCAAGUCCUUCCACUGUUCACCCACAGCUUUUCCCUUUGUUCACCCUAGCUAUUAUGAAUGUACAGAGGAUAUUGUGUAGUAAACAUUAACAGUGAGAAAUGUGUAAUGAAUGUGAGAUUACGCUAAAUAGUUAUUUUUUAGUGAGGUAUCUUCUCCUCUGAGAUAAUCUGAGACAACCUGUGAAGGCUAUGAUACGCACAAAACGACUUGGUAAAAUGCUAGUAAUAUGUCAAGUCAUGUUGGUCUUCUCAGGGUUGAAAUGAUGCUGGUAAUGAAAAGCAAUCCAGGAAGUAAUAAAUACAACCAACUUGAAUAUUGGUGAUUUGCUACAGAACCUUGUUUAAAACAGUUUGUUGAGCUGUACUUUGUAAUGUCACUCAAAUUGUGAUCACUGUGUACAUGCUACAGUCCUAUGUAAGGUCAUAUAAACUGAUUACAAUCCACUGGAUUGUACAUGGACCAUAUAUUUAUGCUGCCUAAGCACCAAUAAUUGAAGUUGCAAUAAAAAGCAGCUGCUUCCCCCCCACACAGUCUUACUUGAUUGACUAUGGAAGCUUUUGUCAUUUAAAAAGUUUUUUUUGACAAAUGAGGUUUGCAAUGAAAAUGGACAUUGUAAUACUGAAAUCAGUUACCACAUCUAUGCUUGGAUUCACUUUUUUAAUAAUUGCUAUUGUGGUUAUUCAGUUGUAUGGAAUAUUUAUAGUGAAAAUAUAAAACAAUGUUUAUAUUUUGCUGCUCUUUGAGAGCAAGGACAGAGUUACAAUCUUAAGAGAAAAAAACAGAUUUAAGACUUGCCUAGAGCCUCAGCAAUAGUUGUUUUUCCUACGUCCUCGUAAAGUGAUAGUAUGAACGGUUGAGAAGUCUUAAACUUGUUGACCACAGAGGAAAUCUCAGAUGUGUUCUGAUUAUUAAAUCUUGACUGAUAUACAGUUAAGCCCAAAAUUAUUCAGACCUAUUACAUUUUUCACAUUUUAUUGUGUUGCAGCACUAUGCUAAAAUAAAACAAAAAUCCCCCUUUGCCUCAUCGAUCUACAGUCAUAAUGACAAAGUGAAAACAGAAUUUUAGAAAUUUUUGCAACAGUCAUCAAAAAGUCAAUGUAGUGCAAUGUAACAAAAUGUGAAAAUAUUGAAAUGAUAUGAAUAAUUCUGUUCGUAACUGUAUUGGCCAGGCUGAUAAAUAACAGGAAAUGUCAGUAUAUAAAUAAUGAAAAAAAUAUGAAAAUAGUGACAGUGCAAUUACCCAAACCCCAUAGUGGCCUAUCUUCACAAAGCUUGUUUUGUCCAACAAAUUGUGCAAAUACAUAAAUAGAUAUUUAAAA